ACCACAGCAACCUCUCGUUCAUUGGUAUCCUCUCUUUCUUUCUUUCACACAUAACUCAAUUUUUUCACGAAAUACACUGAUAUCUCCUUCAAAUCAAGUUUGGUAUCCUCUCGUUCUUUCUUUCACUCAUAACUCUCAAUUUUUUCAUGAAAUACACGGAUAUCUCCUUCAAAUCAUGCCCUAUUAGUCUAUCAACCGUCCCCCGACUGGAAAAGCAUUUUCACAAAUCAUAAACCACUCUCUCUCUCUCUCACACACACACACCCACACACACACACUCGUAGUCCCACAUCAUACACCUUGCAAAUAGGUAUAAAUAUAGGAGUAAUUGAGCAGGCACAAAGACAUGACUAGUGUUGGGUUUGUUACAAUUCACCAAUUUCUCUUCCUUACUCGCUCUCCAUUACCCAAAUUCCCAAUCAGCCAAACCCAUUUCCUUCUCUUUCAGAGCACCAAAUUAAGCUUGGAUCCCAAAAGGGUCAAUCUGGUUUCUCUAUCUAUGGUUGCCUCUGCUUCUUCUUCUGCUUCCGUCGGCGGCGGCUCCGGCGCUGAAUAUUCCGAGCAAUUGUUGGGAGGGAAACCAAAACAAAGAAAGCGGAGAAUAGCUGGCGUAGAUCAGGAUGAAUUACUCGAUCCUAAACUUUUAGCCGAUCCUGACAGUUUUUUUUGCGAGUUCAAAGGGGUACAGAUACACCACAAGGUAUGUGAUGCCGAAUCACACGCACAAAACUUAUUACAGGAUGAGAGUAGUUCUCGAAUUCUUUCCCAAACUAAAAAAAUUGGACUUCCUAUGAUUUUGUUUCACGGCUUUGGAGCCUCUCUCUUCUCAUGGCAUCGAGUUAUGAAGCCUUUAGCUCGGGUCACUGGUUCAAAAGUUCUAGCCUUUGAUAGACCUGCCUUUGGCUUGACAUCGAGGGUGAAUCUUUCUGAGCAUUCAUCUCCUAGAAGUGAAGAUAAAAAACCUUUGAAUCCAUACUCUAUGGUAUUUUCUGUGCUAGCUACGUUGUACUUCAUCGAAUUCUUAGCAGCUGAGAAGGUGGUUCUGGUGGGGCAUUCAGCUGGUUCCAUUGUAGCAGUUGAUACGUAUUUUGAAGCACCAGGGCGUGUUGCUGCUCUGAUCCUUGUUGCCCCUGCAAUUCUAGCCCCGCUGAUUUCACGUAAUGUUGUCAAAGAAAAUCAAUCCAGAAGAGAUGUUCAAAGGCAGGAAGAUGGCUCAAAUUUGAAUAUUCAGAGAAAUCCAUUUAUCGGGCUCUGGAACACUGUGUCGACAUUCUCCAAAUACAUUCUACAAGCAGUAAUGCGUUUGGUGAACGGGAUGGGAGCAAUGUUCAAUACUCUGUAUAAGAAAGCUUUAUCUGCAAUUCUUCGCUCGGCCUUGGCUGUGAUGUUGAUAAGGAUGGUGAUCGAUAAAUUUGGUGUAGCUGCUGUUCGGAAUUCAUGGUAUGAUUCAACUCGAGUUACUGAACAUGUCGUAUAUGGCUACACAAAGCCGUUGAGGGCUAAAGGUUGGGACAAGGCUCUUGUAGAAUACACAGCAGCGAUGCUUACAGAUUCUUCGUCUGAAUCAAAGCCACCGCUGACAAAUAGGCUCAAUGAAAUCUCGUGUCCAGUUCUGGUUGUCACGGGUGAUAGUGACCGGCUUGUCCCAUCUUGGAAUGCGGAGAGACUUUCACGAGCCAUACCUGGUUCUUGUCUAGAAGUUAUCAAGAAUUGCGGGCACUUGCCCCAUGAAGAGAAGGCAGAAGAAUUUGUGUCAAUUGUGGAUAAAUUUCUGCAUAGAGUUUUUGGCGGGUCACAGGAGCAGUGUCUGCAAGCAGCAACCUGAACGUUUUAUAUGCUUCAUACACCCCAAAUUACUUCUGUAUUCCCCAAAUCACCAAAACAGGUUGCUAUUUUGGGGGCGGGGCGACAUUACACUCAAGAAUGCCCGUCCACCUAAGAACAAGUUGCUCUUAGACAGAUAGACCCGGAUACAACCUUCAGCAAAUUGUAGGGAGAUCAUUUCAUUUCCAAAUCUCAAUUGAUGAUUUUGAUAUGAAGCAGUGGUGAUAACAUUUGUAAUAUAACCACAAUUCAAUAGUACGAAAUUUCACAUUAGAUGUAAAUAUUUAGCAUGCACUAGUUCUUUCCUUUUC